UGCUGAUAUCCUUCUCACUCUCUCUCUGUGAUGAAUGCUGAUUUUGCCCCGUAGUUGGUGCUCAUCCUUCUGUUUAACCCUCUUCCAUUGAACAAUACAGACACCCAAACAAGAAAAACGGAAGUUUUCUUCAUUUUUUGUUCUCUCUUUUUCUUUUUCGGUUUUGCAAAAUAGUGGAUAAGACCCUUCUCAAUCCCCUCCAAAAUUCAAGGAACUUGUUCACAAUCCCAAUCCUCCACAGCAGCAAAUCACAUCCCAAAUCCUCAAAAACCAUAGAGCUUUCACUUUCAGUUGUGAUUUUGGUUAACCUUGGCCCCCAGUUGUGUUGAAACAUAGAAUCAAUCCAUUUUGUUUUUGCGUGUCUUUGGGUCGAGAGUCAUGUACUAAUCCCUCCAGGUCCUGAGAUCGGUCCGUUUAAAGAACCCAGCUUGUUGCUCUUGUUCAAUGCAUUCUUGGAUGGACAAUUGCUUGAGAGAGCUAGAGGGGAAGCAAGCACAUGACCUUUUAUUCAUAGAGAAAAUGAAGAAUUAUUCAUCACAAAGUAGUAGUUGUAGUAGAGAGAGAUGUGUGUGGGUGCCAGGGCCAGUGAUUGUGGGAGCAGGGCCUUCAGGGCUUGCAACAGCAGCAUACCUGAAAGAGAAAGGAGUUCCAAGCCUAAUCCUAGAGCGAUACAACUGCAUAGCAUCGUUGUGGCAACUCAAGACCUAUGACAGGCUUCACCUCCACUUGCCAAAGCAGUUUUGUGAACUCCCCUUGAUGGGGUUCCCUUGUGACUUCCCAACAUACCCGACAAAGCAACAGUUCAUAGAAUACUUGGAGAGGUAUGCUGAAAGGUUUGCCAUUAGGCCAAGGUUCAAUGAGAGCGUUAGGCAUGCUGAAUUUGAUGGCAGUCUUGGGUUUUGGAAGGUGAGGAGUUUUAACAGGGAGGUGGCAACAGAGUUUGUGUGUAGGUGGCUGAUUGUGGCCACCGGGGAGAAUGCAGAGGCAGUGGUGCCUGAGAUUGAGGGAAUGGGGGAGUUUGGUGGGACCGUAAAGCACACAAGUCUUUACAAGAGUGGGGAAGAGUUUCGAGGGAAGAGAGUGUUGGUGGUUGGGUGUGGGAAUUCUGGGAUGGAAGUGUGCUUGGAUCUUUGCAACCACAAUGCUACUCCUUCUCUUGUGGUCAGAGAUACAGUACAUAUCUUACCACGAGAGAUGCUGGGAAAAUCAACUUUUGGGUUGUCCAUGUGGUUGCUCAAGUGGCUUCCAAUUCGGUUUGUAGAUCAGUUUCUUCUCAUAGUGUCAUGGUUCAUGCUUGGUGACACCGCUCGGUUCGGAUUGGACCGGCCAAAAUUGGGUCCCCUUCAACUCAAAAACCUCUCCGGAAAGACACCAGUGCUUGAUGUGGGUACCCUUGCCAAGAUCAAAAGUGGACAUAUAAAGCAUGCAGUAGUAGUAGUACUACUACAACACUUUCCACUCACUGAGCAUGCCAACACAAUAUAUUGCCUGCUGCAGGUGCGACCAGGCAUCAAGCGGUUAAAACGUUAUACAGUUGAAUUUGUUGAUAGAAGGACAGAGAAUUUUGAUGCCAUCAUAUUGGCAACUGGUUACAAAAGUAAUGUCCCCUAUUGGCUAAAGGAAGGGGAUAUGUUCUCGAAGAAAGAUGGGUUUCCAACGAAGCCAUUUCCAAAUGGAUGGAAAGGUGAGAAUGGACUCUAUGCAGUUGGUUUCACCAAACGUGGCCUUCUUGGUACAUCAAUGGAUGCCAAGAGAAUAGCUGAAGACAUCGAAAGAUGUUGGAAAGCAAAGCAUAGCACCACUUUUUCCCUCUCACUUAAUGUUCCACGAUCAAAUUCAUGAUGUUUUUUUCUUCUUUCCAAAUUAGAGGUUAUAAAGAAGAUGAUAUUAAUGUUUGAGUAUUGAGAUUGGGGGAAUUUUGUGGUGGCAUCACAUAUGUGGACAAUGCUAUUAUAUUCUUGUUAUUAGUAUCAAGAGUGGUGCUCCUCCAAUCCAUACGAUGAAAAGUGGACAAAGUAAGAAAGGAAAUUGGUGGGAACAUUUGCCCGUUGUUGGAGAGUCUUUCAGUUCACAUUGAGAAUCUGACAUGUGAAUUGAAGUCAAAGAUGUUAAGUCUAUCGAAAAAAAAAUUUAAU